AUGUAUCGUGCAUCAAGUUACUUAAAACUGUUCUCAACACUAUGCGCCUUAACGUUUAUUUUCCUGAGUGAAUGCUAUCACUGUGCGUAUGAGAAGGACGAUCAAAAUGUAGACCUCUUUUCCGAGGCGCACGAGCUGCUCGACCAGGGCGAGUACGCGAAGUCGUUCGCCUUCCUGAGGACAUGCGUGCACUACGAUAUAAGGUGCCUAACGCUGAGUGGAGUGUUCUACUACCUGGGACUCCAUCCCGUGGAGAGGGACGUCAUAAACGCCCUGCACAUAUGGAAGGUGUGUGCAGACUACGGUAGCGCUGAUGCGCAAUUCUACCUGGGAAUUAUGUACUCCAAUUAUUUCUCUCUUCCAAAUUUGUAUUCCUACUAUGUGGAGGAGCCGAAGAUAGAAGACACCUUCGUUUUGCACAGAUUGUACCUCCGAUUGGAAGGGGCCUAUUUAAGGAGGAGUGUGAUCGAUUGCUUACGAGGAGAAGGCGUUAAAUGCCAAGUGUGGGAGAGAGAUGAAUUCAAUCACGGAAACAACCCGAUUGAAGAUGGACAGACUUUUAGAACCCCCCCAGUGGUGACACUCACAAAAGACAACAAACUAAUUGUGAAGAUAAAAAAUAUUAGAUACAACACAGAUGAGUUGAAGUGGUAUUUUGACAAUUUAGAGAAAUUUCCCAAUAGGGAUUACCUGGAAAAAAAUGGGCAUAAAUUAUACUUCAGGAGAAAUCAUAACUUAAGUUUACUAUACCUGUACAGUAGUAGUUUGGCUAACCAUCCAGGAAGUACCUUAUCCUUAGGAAUGAGAUACAUGAAUGGUUAUGGCGUGGAGAAAAAUUGCGAAACUGCAUCUAGGUACUUUCUAAAGCUAACAAACGGGAUCAUCAAUGCGGAUAGUAGAACCCAUUUUGAAAUGACUGAUUUGAUCAAGCUAAGUAUACCACAUUAUGAUCAGUACAAUAUGAAUAAUAAGAAAAUUAGAAAUAUAGAACUGUUUCUAGAAACGUCUCUACAUGACAACCACAGAAUUUUAACAAUGAUCGCACGGAGGUACCUCAUGGCAAUAGACGGAGUUGAAAGAAAUUACAAAAAAGCAUUCGCCUAUCUAACCAGAGCAGCAAAGUAUGACAACUCCGAGGCCAUAUCGUUACUAGGGUAUAUUCACCUACUAGGGUUAGGCGUACAAAUUGACUAUAGUAAAGCUACUGAUUAUUUUAUUAGGGGAAAUAAAUUAAACGACCCUUUGAGUUAUAAUGGGCUAGGGUAUAUACACUUCUUCGGGUUAGGGACGUUUAAAAAGAAUCCCCAAUUGGCAUUUUACUAUUUCGACUUAGCUGCAAAGAGUAACCUAUCAUCGGCACAAUUCAAUUUAGCCUGCCUCUAUUUAAGUGGCGUCGGAAUUACGCAGUCUUUCCAUAACGCGUUCUACUGGUUUUAUAAAGCGCUAAAUAAUGGGAAUGUGCUAGCUGCUUACAUCAUGGGGUUUAUGCACUACAAUGGGAUCAUCAUCAACAGGAACUGUAAAGUAGCUUUGUCUUUGCUGGCCAAGGUAGCUGAAAAUAACUCCUUCAUUUUGAGCACCUCCAAUAGAAUUAUUAGAUAUAUAGAAAAGGGCAGAAUGAAGGAGGCUCUGUUCCUUAUGGCACAACUCGCCGAAACGGGCAACGUCCAGUCACAGAUUGGUAUAUCUCAAAAUAUUAACAAUCCGAAGUUCGCUCUUUUCUUACCCUCCAAUGAUAAAGCGAAGAAGGUUUAUGCCAGCAGGUACCUGGCCAUGGCGUCAGAGAACAACGACUUUAAAUCGCUCUUCACUCUGGGAGAUUACGCCUAUCAGGGGCACGGCCUAUACGUCCGAAUAUUUCCCAAGAACGGUCUGCCCUUUGACGAGCUCUACGACGUGAACCGUGACGAGUGCCUCUUCCGCUCCGGUGCGCCGAAAAGGGCAAAAAAGGAUGACAAUUUUGAUGAGGAGAAGAAGGAUAACCAUUUUGACGAGGCGAAAAAUGCUGUCACAGAUGAAAAGUCGAAUGAGGACGCCCCCCCGAACGAAAUAAUCUCUGCAGACCUCGUGGACGAACAGGGCCUGAUCUUCAACGACCGCUGGAGGUUCAACUACGGAUUGAAGUUCUCCUUUAACGAGGUGGAUUACCACCUAGCUUAUCACCAUUACAAAAGCAUUAUUUCGCACUACCCCAACAACUUUUACGUGAUCCAAACAAUAUCGCAGGCCUGCUACAACUUAGGGUUCAUGCACUAUUACGGCAUAGGGGUGGCCAAGAAUAUUCAGAAGGCCUUAGUCUAUUUCAAUUCCUCUAUUAAAAUUUACCCCACGCAUAAGGCCCCCUCCGUUUUGUUUGUGCUCUAUAUAAAGCUUAACAAGCAUUUGUAUAACUUCAAGAAGAAGUUUCAGCACCUCAAGUGGUUUUUACCCCUGUAA